AUGAAGGGGCACAUAGUGUUUAUUUUAUAUUGUUUUUUUAUAGGAGCUAAUCAUGUGACAUGUAGUGAACACGAAAUUUUGGAGUACCUGAACAGGACGGAACCUGCGAAUCGGCAACUUUGCGAAUUCAAACUGAGACAUCCGAAACCAGUAGGAAUACUUACUACGAGUUCAGGAAAGCUUGUAGAGCUAAGGGAAACUACCACAUUAAAUUCCGACUCUUUUUCGAAUGAAUACUUUAUAGACUUCCUUACCCACAACGAUGCAGAAAGGAUUCCCGAAAGAGUUGUUCAUGCCAGUGGCACGGGUGCCCAUGGAUACUUUGAAGUGACUCACGAUGUAUCAAAGUAUACAAAAGCUGAAGUAUUUAAUGGCGUUGGAAAGAAAACACGGAUUUUCGGACGCUUUUCUAAUGCAGCUCAAAAUCUCGGCGGAAGCGACCUUGUAAGAGAGCAGAAAGGGUUGGCUGUAAAGUUUUAUACAAGGGAAGGCAAUUUAGAUUUAUUAUGCAUUAAUUUACCAGUAUUCUUCUAUAGAGAUCCGAUUGAAUUUGGUCACUUUGUUCACUCUUCAAAGAGAAAUCCAAGGACUCAACUUUUUGAUCCUUCAUUGCGCUGGGACUACGUUACGAAAAGACCAGAUAACGUGCACGGACAGCUAUGGGUGCAAUCUGACUUCGGCCUACCAAACGGCUACCGCAAAAUGAACCAGUUUCCCAUUCACACUUACGAAAUAAAUAAUAAGCAUGGUGACAAAUACUAUGUCAGAUUUAAUUUUAUAAGCAAUCAAGGUAUAGAAUUCCUUUCAGAUGAAGCAGCAGCAGCUAUAGGAUCUCGAGAUCCUGAUUAUUUCAAAAGAGAUCUAUAUAAUGCAAUCGAGAAUGGAAAUUACCCCAGUUGGAAUUUGGAAAUGGAUCUUAUAACGUUAGAAGAAAUAAAGAAACUUGAUUAUGAUCCUUUCGAUUUAACGAGAUUAUGGAAAAAAGGCACAUAUAAGGCUAUACCUAUAGGGCGCAUUGUUUUUAACCAAAAUCCUGAUAACCAAUUUAGGGAUAAUGAACUCAGUGCAUUUAAUCCUGGAAAUUUGGUACCCGGAAUUCCUGGACCAAUGGAUAAUGUGUUCAGAGGAAGAAGAUCAUCCUACCGCGAUACUCAAACACAUCGUUUGGGUAUCAAUCACAAUAGAAUUGAAAUUAAUAAACCACUGUAUUGGAAAGUGUACAAUCGUGACGGCUACGCUCCGGUAAGAGAAAAUAUGAGGGAUGCGCCAAAUUAUUAUCCCAAUUCAUUUAAUGGUCCCGUCCCUUAUGUGGAUCCCAGUCGCCCUAAUAGCAGGUUCGUUAUUUACGAGCCCAAUGCAGUAGACUUGGAACCGGCGUCGGAAUUUUAUAAUGAUUUCUUGACAGAAGAUCAAAGGCAAAGGCUUGUGAAUACCACAGUAAGGUCUUUGAUGCCCGUGCCUCCAGACUUACAGAAACGGGUCAUUCGUCUGUAUACUCUCACUGACGUAGAUUUGGGUACCAGGGUGGCUGAAGGUUUGAAAAAGGCGCUACGAAUGCCUCCGCCACCGCCACCACCCGUGCUAAGAUUAACUCAACAUUAUAAGAAGGACAAAAGUCGUCCUCACCACCACUAA